AUGGAAAAGCCAAGACUGGUCAUAGCUGUAUCAGGAUGCACUGGAACUGGCAAAACUAAGCUUGGUAUUGAGCUAGCAAAGAAGUACAAUGGCGAGGUUAUAAGUGCGGAUUCUAUGCAGAUUUACAAUGGUUUGGACAUCAUCACUAACACUGUGACUGAAGAGGAAACAGAUGGGGUAAAGCACCACUGUAUUAGUUACAUUUCCCCAGAGGAGCAAUACACUGUUGUCAAGUAUCUUGAACACACACUCCCCAUCAUUGAACAAAUAUUUGAACAAGGUAAAAUACCUAUUAUUGUGGGGGGAACUGCUUACUACGUAGAAGCCCUUUUAUGGCAGUUUACUUUGUAUGACCAAUCAAAAUCCAGUUGUGAUAGAAGCGAACUUAAUUAUGAUAGUCUCCAAAUACUCCAAUCAGACAUUUUAAACGACUAUGAAAAACUUCAGCAGUUAGAUUCUGUCCAUGCCCAGACUUUGCAUCCAAAAGACUCAAGAAAAAUCAGUAGGAGUCUCGAAAUAUUCAGAGAAUAUGGAACUUGCCAUAGCACUUUAUUGGAAAAACAGCAUUCAGAGUCUGCUGAUAUAAGGGGCAAUUUACGCUGGGAUGGGGUUCUUCUGUUUUCUAUUGAAAGUGACCAACAAGUUUUGGAUAAACGACUUGACCUCCGAGUUGAAAAGAUGCUUGAGCUGGGACUUUGUUCAGAGUUAGACAUGUUCUCAGAUAAAAUUGAGAGCCUUGACAGUGGUCUGUUAAGACAAGUUAUUGGUUUCAAAGAGUUUGAAUCAUACAUUCUUUUGAAACGAUCAAAAAAUGUAAAUCCAGCAUCUCUUCAGGAUGCCUUGAAAGAGGGUAUUGUAAAGAUGAAAAAUGUAACCAGAAGAUACUCUCGCAAACAAGUGCGGUGGAUUAAAAACAGAUUGGAAGACGACAACAUGUGUUCAAACUAUUUUUUCAACAGGCUCGACUCGACUUAUCCCGAGCAAUGGGAAGAUGUCAUUUCAAAACCAGUUCAUAGUAUUGUGGAUAAUUUCCUCUCUGGGGCUUUACAAAAGACCAUUUGUUUUACAGUCCGAGCCCACAAGACUGCUAACCGUUGUCAGAUUUGCGAUGUUACCUGCAUUGGAGACGAUUCAUUUUCUGUGCACAUGAAAUCUCGCAGACACAGACGUAAAAAAGCAUAUAAUCUGAGAAAGCCGAUCUUUGAACAAAAUAUUGCAGCCAAUAAGAAAAAGUCUCUUUCGUGA